UCGGGCAUCAUCCGAAGCCUGGCUCAGACAAGAAUGUAUUCCUCAGGAAUAACGAGCAGUUCAGCGUUUCUGCCCUACAAUCAGCCUAAUGACACAUCUGGAGUUGUCGACACUGAGCGUUCCGGAAUAACUGCAGCAGGUACCAUGACCCCAGCUUCAACCACUUCAGAUAUCGUUGGGAUGCUUGCUCCUGACGUGAAUGCCUCCGUUAGUUCUGCUACAUUAGGCUCAGAACUACCCUUGGCGAUCGCUAGCUCAGCAGUGGCGCCCACAGAAGUAUCUGGCAUAUCUGGGGCGGUGCUACUCAAGGAACCAGACACUCAGCAAACGAUACUUCCUUUGCCAGGGCUCUAUGUUCGCCCGCUAGGUCUAGAAUAUUUGAACAACGUCGACCAGGUCGUCAUUUUCCGGCAACCUCAAGAAUUCGACGUUCAAAUUGCGUACAAGGCGCAGAACAAAUACAUUGCCUUGACCAGUCAAGGCCACUUCUUGUACUACAUUAUCGAAGAGGGUAACACUUGUACUCGGAUGUGCUGCGAAGCGAAACGAUGUUUUAAUAUGUACGUUUAUGACUACCAAAAACGAUUGGUGAUGCAAUUCAGUCGACCCUUGCGGUGCCAAAGCAGGUUUCGAGGGCUUUUCUGCUGCUGUUGCCUACAGCAAAUGCAGGUUGAAGCUCCUUCCGGCACAGUUAUUGGUUAUGUGUGCGAGGAUUUUGCCUUCUGUUGCCCUUCAUUUUCCGUAUGCGCUCCUUCGGGAAAUGCCGUCAUCACAGUUCAGGGUCCCUGUAUCAACAACAAGUGCUGGGGGUGCUGCAACAACACAUUUACGCUGCGUACUUUAGGAGGUCAUACAAUCGGCAUCAUAUCCAAGCAGUGGUUCGGAGUUGUAAAGGAUGCCUUAGCAGCAACGGACAGCUUCGGCGUGACGUUUCCGCGGGACCUCGACCUCCACGCCAAGGCAUGUCUCAUUGCCUGCACCAUGCUCGUAGACUACAUGUUUUUCGAACAAGGACGCAGAUGCUUGUGCUGCUGAACGAUGGAAGACACAACGAGGAUGGCGCUUCGGGAAAUCGUUGGGGAAUGUUGGCUUAUGAAGCAGCUUCCCGCUUACUGCUGUUUCCCAAUUGACGUUUAUUUUUUUAUUCAAUGUAUUACAGAAUUUGUUAUUUAGGAGGGCUGUGACGUAAAAAACGUAGUUUCGGUAAAUAUAACGUUCGCAGAACUCAUUCGCCGUUACAUAUCUUGAACAGCUCGGAAAUAUAUCGGCCUCUAUAUUUGAAAACUGAGAGUGGCCGGUUCACAUUGUACAAAUUUUUGGUACAAAACUUUUAGACGUAGCCAUUUACUAGAGAUGCGAAAAUAAAUUACUCGCUUAUGCAUUUGUAUAA